AGAUGAUGUAACAAAAACUCUGAAUAUAUCGUUCAAGCUGUCCUCCUCAAUCCCAAUUGCUUCCUCUCGAUCUCAAUUCUCUCUAUCUGAUCCUCUGCUUCUGAUAACAUAUCUAGUAUCAGAGACAAUCAUGGAGUCCUGGAUUCCUUUCCUCAACACAGCCACUUCACCCGUCUGCAGAAGAGGCAGGGCGCCAUGAAUCCCGACACCAAGUCGAUCCUCGACGAGAUCCAAAAGCAAUUCGCCGAACAAACCGCUCUCCUGGACAAGCGCUUCAAUGAAGCCGCCACCGGUUGGGACCAGAAGUUCGCCGAGUUCGAGACCCAGAAGGAUGAGCGCAUCUCCAAAAUCGAGUCCAUCGCCGCCUCCCUGGAUGAAUGGCGGCCGAGUAUCGACGGCCUGGUUGACGAUCUCAAGUUGGAGGUCGGCAAACUCACCAAGCACUGGGGCCGCUCCGUCCGCGAGCGCGAGGUCGGCCACACUGGCCUUCUUUCCCAGUUCGAGCUGGCGCCGGCGCGCCUUCCUGCCGGAGAUCCUGCCAGCCGGCCCAAUGGGCACCACGUCGCAGACAUUCACCGGGCGGAUGGGUACGGGGUUGUCACCACCCUCACCCCUCUCCCGGUCAAGGAUACCUGAACGCAUCUUGCAGAUCAGGCUUGCUCCUGGUGAUCAUCCCAUUCCGGAGGUCUUGGUGAAAUGGUCCAGCAUGCCGGUUUCCUUGGCAACAUGGGAGAAUCUAGAUCGCUUGAAACAACAAUUUCCACGAGCGCCUGCUCUGGAACAAGCAGGCCCUUUACAAGGGGGGAUGUCAGUACUGCUACUCCUACACCGCCUGAAGCUGAAGACGUGCCACGCCGAGGAACGCGUACAAGGAAGCCCAAUGUUCGUGUACACGGGCCGGAGUGGAAGUAGCCCAAAGUGCUAGCGUGAGAGACUUGCUGUCUGACAGCGCGAUUGCCAGCUGCGUCUGGCAGAGUUGUUAAAAAGGGAGAGAGUCGUGAGGAAGAAGAGAUGAUGUAACAGAAACUCUGAACAUAUCGUUCAAGCUGUCCUCAAUCCCAAAUGUUUCCUCCCGAUCUCAA